ACAAACACAACCACCUUCUUUAGAUUUAAGAGAAGAAGGUGAAAGAUCUGGUUCAUUUUCUUUAUUAUUAUUUUCCAUUGUAAGUAUGGCUGCAUCUUUUAUACUACCUUUUCUAGUAACUUCUUCUGUCUCAAUUCCCUUUAAAUUUGAUUGGAAACAACUUUUGAGAUUACCUUGGGGAUUUUUAUCUUUACCAAGAUUAUGGACUGUAUCCCAUUUUAUUUUUGCUUUCGGAAUGUUGGCUACUUGGGGUGUUACAAAUAUUUUUCAAGCUGAUUUAGUAAUUGCUUUAUGUGGUAUAUCUUGGGCUGUUGCUAUGUGGGCUCCUUUUUCAAUUAUCGGUGAAUUUGCUUCUAAAAGAACUAAAGUUGAUGAUACCAGUAAUACUUUUCCUAUUACUCCAUCAACUACUACUUCUAGAAAUGCUUCUUUAACAAGAUUAGUUAGUCCUGUACAUAGAGUUGAUGAUGAUGGUGUUGAAUAUGAAGAAUUGGCAAAUAUUCGUGAAAUUUCCGUGAUAGAUGAAAAUGAUAAUACCGAAGAUGCUCAAUUUUUGGAUCAAAGUCAAUCUGAUGAUACUUCAUUUCGAAGCGGUAGAUCUACUCGUAAUGAUUCUUCUAAUAACGGUUCGGAUGCUGGAGUAUUAUUAGGAAUUCAUAAUAUAUAUAUUGUCAUACCACAAUUCAUUGCUACUUUCUUUAGUAGCGUAGCUUUCGCUAUAUUAGAAGGUCCUACUAGCAAUCAUUUUGCUGAUCAUGUUGCGGAUGGUAAUAAUGGAACUACAAAUGAUCCAAUGAAUUCACAAUCACAUGGUGAAUUAAAUGCUGGUGCUGAUUCUAUCGGGUUUGUGCUAAGGUGUGGUGGUUGUAUGGCUAUUGUAGCUGGAGUUUUGAGUAUGAGGUUGUGGAAAUCAAAAUGA